AUGCCCAUUGCCAUAGUCGGCAUGGGCUGCCGCCUUCCCGGCGGCGCAGACAGCCCGGACAAGCUGUGGGAGAUGUUGUCGCAGAAGAAGUCUGCGAGAAGCGAAACGCCGUUGAGCCGAUUUAAUAUCGACGCGUUUUACCACCCUAACGGGAGUCGGAAUGGAUCUAUCAACAACCGUGGCGGUCACUUCCUGGACCAAGAUAUCUCGGCCUUUGAUGCGCCGUUCUUCUCUAUAUCGCGGGCUGAGGCCAUCAGCAUGGAUCCGAUGCAGAGGAUUCUGCUCGAGGUGACCUACGAAGCCCUAGAGAAUGGUGGAAUCCCAUUAUCACAACUUUCGGGGUCCGAAACGGGUUGCUUCGUAGGGUGCUUUACACAAGACUACGACGAAAUGGCCAAGCGAGAUGCCGAGGUCCUCCCGAAAUACCACUCCAUCGGUACGGGCAAGUCCAUCCUCUCGAACCGCAUCAGUUUCUGUUUCGAUCUCAAAGGCCCCAGCAUGACUCUCGACACCGCCUGCAGCAGUAGUCUCGUAGCCUUGCAUUUGGCCUGUCAGAGCCUGCGGUCUGGAGAAAGCACGACUGCCAUUGUUGGUGCCACCAACUUGAUCAUCAGCCCAGACAUCAUGGUAGGUAUGACGAAUCUGGGAUUCUUGAGCGCUGAUUCCAUCUCCUACGCAUUCGAUAGCCGGGCCAACGGGUACGCUCGCGGAGAAGGUGUAGCGGCCCUCGUGCUGAAGCCGCUACACGAUGCCUUGCGCGACGGCGACGUCAUUCGCUCUGUCAUUCGCGGAACCGCGGUCAAUUCGAAUGGCAGAACCCCUGGUAUCACGCUCCCUUCUCGUGAUGCCCAAGUCAGCUUGAUACGCUCCGCGUAUAAGAUGGCGGGUCUAGAGGACGAAUUUGCCACCACGGCAUACGUCGAGGCCCACGGAACUGGAACAUCGGCGGGCGAUCCAAUUGAAGCCAAUGCCAUUGGUGCUGUGCUGGGGACAGCAAAUGGCCGGAAUCCGAAUAUUGAUUUCGACGGACUCAACAUUGAGGUGCCGACAGAGACGGUCGAGUGGCCGGUUGAAGGUGUCCGACGAGCAAGUAUCAACGGCUUUGGCUACGGAGGUACAAACGGCCAUGUGAUUGUGGACGAUGCCUACCACUACCUGUUGUCGCGAGGCCUUAAGGGCAACCAUAAGACUCGUAUUCCAGCGAGCCACGUCAAGCAGAAUGGCGUCAACGGCCUAUCCAAUGGGCACACUCACACCAAAUUCCGUCUUUUCCCGUUAUCAGCCAAUGACUCCACGGCCCUAGCAGACAAUGCGCAGUCCCUAGCACAAUUCCUUGAAGGCAAGAUCCAAUCCGGGAGUACUAGUGAAGAGUUCCUUGACGACCUGGCUUGGACACUCAGUAAGCGGCGAUCCCAACUAGAAUAUCGCCAAAGCAUUGUCGCGACCACAGCGCAGGACUUGAUGGACAAGUUGAAGGCGCAGCUAGCCCCAAUUAGAUUCAUCAAUAGUCCACCCAAACUUGCUUUCAUAUUUACUGGCCAAGGCGCGCAGUGGUGGGGUAUGGGACGCGAGCUAAUCUCGCAUCCCACAUUCAAGAAAACCCUCGACCUGUGCAAUGCAUCUCUACAAGAGCUAGGUUCUCCCUGGAGUUUACUUGAUGAGCUGAUGAAGGACGAAGCCGACUCACUGGUGAAUCAAGCACCAAUCUCCCAACCGCUCUGUACCGCGAUCCAAGUUGCACUCGUGGACCUUUUUGCUUCUUGGGGUGUGAGGCCAUGGCGCGUGGCCGGUCAUUCGAGUGGCGAGAUUGCAGCAGCCUACGCCCUUGGCACCCUUACCCUCGAUUCGGCGAUCAGGGUAUCCUACUACCGCGGGCUACUAGCCCCCAAGAUCCGGAAAUUAGGUUAUGACGGAGGCAUGCUCGCGGUGGGUCUUUCUGAAGUCGAGACUCUCGCCGAAAUUGAGGCUUUGGACGAUGCAUCAGGCAAGGUCGUGGUGGCUUGCGUGAAUAGUCCACGCAGCACAACCGUUUCAGGCGAUGUCGCCGCCCUGACAGAACUCCAGGCCGCGCUCACCUCUCGCGGGAUAUUUGCGCGGAAACUUCUUGUCGACACGGCAUAUCAUUCUCACCACAUGUUAGCCAUCUCCAAAGAGUACAAAUCGUAUCUGAGCAACCACCUCGAAGUCGCACCGAUCAGCGGCACCGAGGUCGUCGGGAUGUUCUCGAGCGUCAAGGCCCGAAGACUACUUCAGGGUGAGCUCCUGGACGCAGCGUACUGGAUAGAAAACAUGGUGUCACCCGUGCGGUUCUACGACGCCGUUGCGGAGCUGUGCGGUGAGGCUACGCAGAGCGAUGAAAAGUUGCUCCUCGUGGAGCUGGGGCCGCAUUCAGCACUCGCCGGGCCUGUGAAACAAAUAGUGGCUACCUUGUCGUCCUCCUCUACAGUUACCUACCAGUCUUGUCUUGUGCGUGGCAAGGACGCCUCGAGCACAGCCCACUCCCUUGCUGGUUCGCUCCUAGACCAAGGGUUCCCGGUCGACAUGUACCCAGGGUCGCCGCGACAACCCCUCAGCGACCUGCCUCCAUACCGCUGGAACCACACGAGGAAAUACUGGUCCGAGUCUCGUAUCAACCGUGAUUACCGCUUACGCGCAGCUCCACGCACCGAUUUGCUCGGAGCGCCCACGUCAGAUUGGAAUCCCCUUGAGCCGCGAUGGAGAGGAUUUAUACGACUAGCUGAGCAGCCGUGGGUGGCCGACCAUGUAAUCCAGGGCGCUAUUCUCUAUCCCGCUGCAGGGUUUUGUUGCAUGGCCCUGCAAGCAGCCGCUCAAUUUGCGGCAAUGAGAGGAGGCGGCCCAAUUACUGAAUAUCAGAUCCGCGAAAUGAGCAUCUCCCGGGCGCUCGUCGUUCCACAGGAUGAUGACGGCGUCGAGGUUGUCUUCUCCCUGCGGCCCGCACCUACAGGUAGCGUGUCAUCUUCUGACACCUGGAAUGAGUUCCGUAUCUUUUCGAAUACGGACGCGGGGGACUGGACUGAACACUGCCGCGGGCUGGUCUCGGUUGGGCGUGACCCCAAAACUAGCAUCCUCGACAAGGGCCUCGCGACCAAUGCGCAGGAAGCCCAACGGACUUGCAUAACCCCCGUUGAUGUUGCACAAUUGUAUGAGGGCCUUGACGCGGUCGGUUUAUCCUACGGUCCGGGUUUCCGCUCCAUCAAGAGUCUCAUCGCGGGCUCUUCGAACGAGGUUAUGGGAACCCUGCAGGUCACGGACACUAAGCGUGGGAUGCCCGGAGGCCACGAAUUCGAUCGCUUGGUGCACCCAACCACGAUGGAUGCCAUGUUACAGCUCUGCAUCGUCGCACUAUGCAAGGGUGACAUUCGGAAUCUUGAGCAGGCGUUCGUGCCGACUUUCGUGAAGGAGGUGACGGUCUCCGGCCAGAUCGACGCGCCAGCGGGCCGCCUAUUCUCGGCAGCGGCAAAGGCACAAGCUCACGGGUUCCGCGACGUUGUGGCUAGCGUAACCAUCCAUGACCAAGACACGUUCAUGCCUGUGAUCCGAAUGGACGGCGUUAAAUGUCGAGCCAUAGCUUCCUCUGGUGGUAGUCUGGCCGCCUCGAAGAGCGCACCGCUCUACAAGCACAUUGGCCGCAUUCUCUUGGAACCGGACGUAGACCUUCUCACAUUCGACCAUCUGAAUACGCUGCUCAGGAAUCCGUUGAAAAAUACAACCCACGUGCCGCGCAUACGCGAUUUGGAGUUUCUUACAUACUCAUUCAUCCACGCCGUUUUGAAAGAGGUCGACGCGUCGGAGAAGGCUAAGAUGCAAAGCCAUCACGUCAAGUUCUACGAGUACAUGGAGACACAGCACCAGCUCGUCCUAGAAAAUCGACACGAACAACAGACUGAUGAGUGGACGAGGCUCGGAGAUGCUGAUGUCAUUUCACGGCUCGACCGCAUGAAAGAGGAACUAUCGCGCGAAGGGGACUACGAGGGCCGGAUGAUUUUGCGUAUGGGCCACGCUCUGCCUGGGGUGUUGCGAGGUGAAAUCGAUCCUCUCGCACUAAUGAUGGAGGAUGACUUGUUGCACGGCUACUACCGUUACUUGGAGAUCGGCGCCGGUACUGGUGGCUGCACUCGGCCUGUCUUGGACGCCCUCAGUGGUUCCGGCUCAUACAAGUAUCCUCGACUCAAGUCGUAUCUUUACACCGAUAUCUCGGCCGGCUUUUUCGAUAAAGCCGAAGCCUGGCUACGUCCUGACUGGGGUCGUCUCGUCGAAUUCAAAAAGCUCAACAUUGAAGAAGAUCCGGAGUCGCAGAGUUUUGGCCAGGUGGACGUCAUCAUCGCAGCCAAUGUCCUCCACGCGACCAAGGACAUCAACCGCACCCUCGAAAACACGAGGAAGCUCCUCCGCCCAGGUGGCAAACUUGUGCUUUUAGACAUGUCGCACAAGCUACUCUCUGUUGCCGCCAUCUUUGGAAAUCUUCCGGGUUGGUGGCUUUCUACCGAAGAGUGGCGAGAGCAAAGCCCUCUUUUGAACGAACAGCAGUGGCGCAGUGUGUUCCUCCAAACAGGCUUUGGCGAUCUGGAGGCCAGUUCACCCGACUUGCUCGAUCCGUUGGAUGAAGGGACACGUCUUUUGAUUGCUACAGCGGUGGAGCCGGCUAAACUAUCCAUCAACGGUAGUCCCAAUGGCGUAACCAACGGCCUCACCAAUAGUCUCGCCAAUGGAAACAUCAACGGCGUGAAAGAACACCAGAAAUUGAUUGUCCUUCGCCCACACACUCCUUCAUCCUCCGAGAAUACUCUCAUCCAGGCAAUUGAAACCAAGCUAGCUGAACAGGGUACCGAGCCCAACGUCUGCUCCCUUGAGGAUCUCGAUGAUACGGAUUUGAACGGGACACCUAUCAUCAGCCUAGUCGAGUUAGAACAGCCGUGGCUCCAGGAUAUCUCGCAAGAGGACCUGAGUCGACUGCAAAAACUCACGCAAACAUCGAGCGGCAUCAUUUGGGUCACGCGAGGCGCUGUAAGCACAAAGCCAGAGCUUUCGGUCUUCCACGGCCUAGCAAGAUCACUGCGCGCCGAAGAUGAAGGGCGGCGGUACGUAAGCGUUGACUUCUCCGAGCCACCGCUGCCCGACACCACCACAGCCGACAUGAUUCUCAGACUGUAUAAGCAACACUUCCACGAUAAGAGCAAAUCAAGCGACAAUGAGUUUAUCGAAAAGGAUGGCAUGCUCUGGAUCAAGCGCCUUGUGCAGGACGACGAGAAUAAUCAACGAGUGGCUGAGCGGACAAGAAACAUUAUCCCCGAGCCCAAGGAUCAAGACAUCGCGGAACAACGGGAACAUCGACCGUUGAAAUUGCAAGCCAGAACAAUUGGAACCAUCGAUUCCCUAGCUUUCACCGAUGAUGAAGCUCAUAACCAGCCUCUUUCACCAGGCCAAGUAGAGAUCGAGGUACAGGCAGUGGGACUCAAUUUCCGCGACGUGUUGAUUACCUUGGGCGAAGUCACUGAUGACUACCUCGGCAAUGAGUGCUCCGGCAUUAUCACCAAGGUUCACGACGAUGUGUCAAACGUGGCUGUAGGCGACCGCGUGGCCGCUUGGUGCCUUGGUAGCUUCGCAACACGCCUGCGCUGUCCAUCCAACCGCGUGCAGCGCAUCGCUGACGAGAUGUCGUACUCUACUGCAGCAUCGGUACCGCUAGUAUAUGUGACAGCCUACCACAGCCUCGUCAACAUUGCUCGCCUUCAACGUGGGGAAUCGGUGUUGAUCCACGCUGGCGCUGGAGGUGUGGGUCAGGCCGCGAUCCAGGUGGCCAAGAUGUGCGGUGCCGAAGUCUACGCCACCGUCGGAUCCGCAGAAAAGAGGGAGCAUCUAGCGUCUGCCUACGGAAUCAGGCAAGAUCGCAUCUUCAACAGCCGCGACCUUAGUUUCGUGCAGCAGAUCCAGCUCGCGACCCAAGGGCGUGGAGUGGAUGUUGUCCUAAACAGUCUCUCGGGUGAUGCUCUGCAGGCCACCUGGACUCAGCUCUUAGCUCCAUUUGGUCGCUUUAUCGAGCUUGGGAAGCGCGAUAUCGAUUCGAACGGCAGGUUAGAAAUGUCACCCUAUGCCAAAAACGCCAUGUUUGUCGCCGUCGAUGUCACCCAUCUAUGGAGGGAGCAACCGGUAUUGGCAGGCGACAUCUUGGCAGACGUGUUCAAGAGGUUCCGGGAGGGCCUCCUGAAUCCCGUGCGGCCAAUACUCGUGGAACCCUUUUCCAGAGUUGUACCUCGUCCACUACAACCGGCCACAUUCCCAGAGGAUGCGACCUAUCUCCUCGCGGGCGGCCUUGGGGGCUCGGACGAAGCAUAUCACGCGUCAUCGGCUGCCGCGAAAGAGUUGAUUGAGGAACUGCACCAGUCCAGGGUCAAAACCGUCGUUCUUGCAUGCGACGUCACCGAUACAGAAAAAGUCUCGGAAGCCCUUAAUACUGCGCUAGAGACUCUUCCACCACUUCGGGGCGUAAUCCAGGGUGCCAUGGUUCUGAAUGACGCUGUGUUCGCCAACAUCACGCACAACUCGUUCAUCUCAACGCUACGGCCCAAGGUCCAAGGGUCGUGGGCGUUGCACCGCGCGACGCUCGAUAGAAACGCGCCGCUGGAUUUCUUCCUCAUGUUAUCGUCAGUAGCCGCGAUGGUUGGAAAUGCAGGACAGUCUAACUACGUCGCGGGUUGCACUUACCAGUCGGCGCUCGCCAAGCACCGUCAUAUGCACGGCCUCCCCGCCACCGCGAUCGACAUCGGCAAGGUCGCCGGGGUUGGAUUUGUCGCCGAGAGUGGAGCAGGAACCGUUUCCGAAGCGAACCUGAUGCGGCUUGGCAUGCCCGACAUAUCCGAGACCGAAUUGCUAACGAUGCUGGAGAUUGCCAUCAAUAGCGAGUCUAUCACGCAUUAUGGUGGCGAGCAAAUGGUGGCAGGUAUCGCGGAUAUCACCAAGCCCGGUCCGAAUGCGCACAACAGCCUCCAGGAUAGCGAGGUUAGCGACAGCCGAGGAGGAAAUGGCGGAGCGGGUAUUGGCAGCAUUGUCCGGCCGGUUGGCGCGGGCGCUGAUGAUUCCGGCCGAAGAGGUCGACCCGGUCAAGUCGCCGGCGAACUUGGGGCAGACUCGCUCGUUGCCAUUGAGCUUCGCAACUGGCUCUCUCGCGAAGGCGACGUUCAGGUCCCUGUGUUUGACAUCCUACAGGCGCCGAGUCUUUUGGCGCUGGCAAGCAUUGUAUUGAAACUUGUGAAGGCUCAGCUUGGCAAGAUUGUGAGGGUAGUCUAG